CGCUUUGCACUAUCAUGGGAAAACGUAGACGCGUCGAAUCUGACGAUGACUACACCGAAUUUUCGCAAGACGAGAUCGAUGGUAAUUACGGCUCGCGCGUGAAAAACCGCAAGGCAACGGUAUCCAAAAAAAUGCAGCCGGUCGCAGUGUCACCAUCUAUUGCUGAUUAUUCAGACGAGCACUCCAGAUCUCAGCAUGUCAUCAGCAACGCGGACGAGGUCUGUGAUGCCCUCUUGCGAUGGUAUUCUGGUGUUCAUAUGACACGUGGUAUGCCAUGGCGAAAGGAGUACAAUCCGAAUUUGGGGCGAGAGGAACGCGCGCAGAGGGCCUACGAAGUCUUGGUGUCAGAAUUCAUGCUGCAGCAAACCCAAGUUGUCACCGUAAUCCCAUACUACGAGGCUUGGGUGUCCAGGUUCCCGACUAUACACGUCCUUGCUGCUGCUACCGUUGACGAAGUCAAUGCUGUGUGGAAGGGUCUCGGAUAUUAUAGACGUGCUAGUCGCCUCCUCGCGGGGUCUCAGAAGACUGUCGCGAAGUUUAGUGGGCUAUUACCAGACAACGCGCGCGACCUGGAAGCAAACAUUCCAGGUGUUGGACGAUAUACAGCAGGCGCUGUCUGUUCUAUCGCCUAUGGAGAGCGCGUUCCUGUUUUGGAUGGCAAUGUGCACCGCCUGCUUUGUAGGCUUCUUGCCCUCCAUGCUCCUCAUAAAGCAGUGACCACCCUUAAUAUUCUAUGGGCAGCGGCGACUACCCUGGUUCAGUGUGAAAACCAUGGCAAUGGCCAAGAAUCUGAUGAUUCUAUGGUACGCAAUCGUUACCCAGGAGACAUCAAUCAAGCUUUAAUCGAAUUGGGAAGCACGGUUUGCAAAGUUAAUGCUCCCAGCUGUGGGCAGUGCCCGCUAAAAUCGCAUUGUACAGCAUACCAGAGUGAGUUAGUUCCACUCCAGCAGGAUAUGGAGGAUAUCUGUACUUUGUGUGAGCCCCGCUCCAAGCGUGGCGUCACUGCUUAUCCUAUGAAGGCCGAGCGAAAAAAGCCUCGAGUGGAACUUGACCUUGUGAACGUCAUUGAAUGGCGUUCCAAGUCCGAUCCUGAGAAUAGGCAGUUCCUUCUCGUUCGUCGGCCGAAUGAAGGGUUACUUGCUGGAUUGUAUGAGUUUCCCACAGAAGCCAACAUUUCUAGAACAUUGUCAGAUACUCACCUUGCAGAAAUACCUCGGACUCAGCUCUCUGCCUUGUUACAGUCGCCCAUCCGGGUUCCUGAGUCCCCUGACGAGGGGCAAUCUGAUGGAUCAUGCUCAAUUGUCAAGACACAGCCAGCAGGCGAUGUCUUCCAUGUCUUCUCCCAUAUCAGAAAAACAUACAGGGUGCAAUGGGUUAUCAUCGAAGGGGGAAAUGAACCGCCGGAGACUGCAGUGCCACAGAAGCCAUGUCACGGUCGUCUAAAGGCGACAAUGUGGAAGUCUUUGAAAGAAAUAUCGACCUCAAACAUCGGAAAGUGCUCAAGUAAGAUAUGGGACCAGGUACAGACGUUGUGGGAGACUGCAUCGUGACCCAUCAUAUCAAUUUUGGUUGUAUCUAACUAUUAGUAUAUACAUUGGGCUGAUCUGCUGCUAAGACUAUCUACCGACAUGCCUGUGGCCACUUGAUCUAGAAAUUCAACUGUUCCAUUGGCCGGAAGGGCUCUCCCCAUGUCCAAAACCACAAUUUUACCAUCCCCUGAACUGAUGCAUGCACGCCCUGUGCCCUCAUCCCAAGUAAUUGCAUCCAUGCCGGCGGUUCUGAUCCGCUGCAGAAUCUCGUUCGGUAAGGUAAUGGUCUGGUAAACGGGAAUUGGCCUCCAGGUUUCCAUUGCAUAUCUGCGCAACAAUGGCUCCCUCACUUCCCGAAAGCCCGAAAUGUAGGCUGAGUGGGGCCUUUUCU